GUGUGUGUAUGUUAGUCAUGGCAGUGUGUUGCCGAGCGGCAGCCAGUUGUGUGUUUUCUCUCUCGGAGCUCACACACCUCUCUCUCAUCCGCUAGCCGCCUCUCCUCCUUUCUACGUUUCACAUCAACCUCUUGAAGUUUCUCAUUCCGGAUCAUUAGUGGCAGUGUUUAAGCGUGUGUGCGUGUGUGUGUGUGUGUGUGUGUGUGUGUGUGUGUGUGUGUGUUUGUGUGUGACUGUGGUUUCCAGCAUGGAAGCAGUGGCACUGUACACGUUUCAUGCCACUGAGGGCGAUGAACUCAGUUUCAACAAAGGAGAAUUACUCAAGAUCACCAACAUGGAGGAUGAUCCCAACUGGUACACAGCUGAGCUCCACAACAGGAAAGGCUUUGUGCCCAAAAACUACAUUAACCUGCGGCCACAUGCGUGGUUUGCAGGCCGCGUGUCUCGAGGCGUGGCGGAGACUCGACUGAGACACAGAGAGUGUGGAGCCUUCCUGGUGCGAGAGAGUGAGAGUGCACCUGGGGAGUUCUCCAUGUCCGUCAGUUAUGGCGACCACGUCCAGCAUUUCAAGGUGCUGCAGGACCGCUGCAGUCAGUACUACGUGUGGGACGAGCUCUUCUCCUCCCUCAACCAGCUGGUGGACUUCUACCAUAGCAACAGCAUCGCUAAGGAGAGGACCGUCUUUCUGCGAGACCCAGAACACUUUGCCAGACGUCCUCACCACGCCCACGCUCUCUUCGACUUCAACCCUCACCACCCCGCGCAGCUCCGCUUCCUGCGAGGCGACGUCAUCGAGCUCAUCGACUGCUCCGACGCGCUGCGCUGGAGGGGCCGUUGCCAUGGACACGUGGGCUACUUCCCGCCGGAGUACGUCCAGCCCGUUUACCAGUGCCAGUGAACCCACCACCACCACCCCUCGUUAUCUCCGGAACAGAUGCUUGAUCGACGUGUCCCGCAAUCACCGCCAGACUUCCUGUUCACCACUUCCUGUGCAGAACUACCACAUCCCUCAAACAUGUUGACAACCCUGGUGCACACUCGUCCACGUGAUGAUGCAAUCAGCCCACCCCCUCGCACAUUUCUCGCGCCAAGCGGACGGACACAAGUACCGCCGUGUCGUGCUUGGGCCUAAAAAUGAACUGACACAGCAGAUUUGUGUGUAUUUGGCGUGCACUAAUGAGAGCCGUGUCGCGGGUAAACGCCCCCUUUAACGGCAGAGGACCACUGCUCGCUUUCGUGCAAAUUUAGCAGGACUUUGUAAAAAAAUAGUUAUUGCCUUUUUUUGCAGUUUUAAAUGUGUCAUGCUUCGGUUUCCUCCUAAAUGGUGUCAAGGACACAUUGAGUGGGGCAGGAGGGGAAACUCCUACUUUGGGGCUCGACCUGGGGUGUCCAAACUGGGCUGCACACUCACUUAAAGCAUGCGGGGGCCAUUUUCAUAGCUUUACAUUUUCAAUAACGACACAUUAUAAAGAUUGUUUUUAGCCUUUAAAGGCCUACUAAAACCCACUACUACCGACCACGCAGUCUGAUGGUUUAUAUAUCAAUGAUGAAAUAUUGACAUUGCAACACAUGCCAAUACGGCCUUUUUAGUUUACUAAAUUGCCAUUUUAAAUUUCCCGCGAGUUUCUUGUUGAAAACGUCGCGGAAUGAUGAUGCGUGCGCAUGACGUGACGUGUUGGAAAGGACAUAUUGGCGCAGCACCAAACACGGCUAAAAGUCGUCUCUGUUCAUCGCAUAAUUACACAGUAUUUUGGACAUCUGUGUUGCUGAAUCUUUUGCAAUUUGUUCAUUUAAUAAUGGAGACUAUAAAGAACAAUGCUGUUGGUGGAAAGCGGUGUAUUGCAGCUGUCUUCAGCACAGAGACACAGCCGGUAUUUCUUUGUUUGUUGUGAUGCUUUAACACAGAGCGGUCAAGCGAACAUGUUUUCUCUAUGUCAACCAGCAUGUUUUUGGAUGUGAAAAUUGGGAUAUAUAUCUUACCGGAGACAUCAUUGGAUUAUUCAUCAUCCUGCAGCAGCUGUCAAAAAAGGCAGCUGUGAGCUUGGCUCCUCGGCUUCUCUCUGAGACACUGCGUGUUCACCGCAGCCAUCCGACCUCGAGGUAUGUCUUUACAAUCUUUACAAUCUCACUAAAACACUAUUAAAACAAUAAGCAGAUAAGGGAUCUUCCAGAAUUAUCCUAGUAAAUGUGUCUAAUUACAUCUGAAAUGCUCACACUGCCGCCGCCCGGAGCCGUCGCCUUUUUUUUUUUUUUCCUAGUCCUUCACUAUCAAUAACCUAACUCACGAAUCUUUCAUCCUCGUUCAAAUUAAUGGAGAAAUUGUUGCUUUCUUGGUCCGAAUUGCUCUUACUGCUGGUGGCUCCCAUUAAAAACAAUGUGAAUAUGUGUGGAGCCCUGCAACUCGUGACGUCACGCGCACAUCGUCUGCUAAUUCCGGUAAAGGCAGGGCUUUUCUAUUAGCGACCGAAAGUUGCGAACUUUAUCGUCGAUGUUCUCUACUAAAUCCUUUCAAAAAAAUAUGGCAAUAUCGCGAAAUGAUCAAGUAUGACACAUAGAAUGGACCUGCUAUUCCCGUUUAAAUAAGAAAAUUUCAUUUCAGUAGGCCUUUAAUAAGGCUCUCUUCAAGUUUGAUCUCAUGCAUAAAAAAAGUUUAAAAAUAAGUUUUUUUUACCACUUAAAUUUUGAGAUUAACUUCAGGUCUGUUUGUUAUACAUUUUUUUAAUGUUUUUUUUAAUUUUUUAAUGUUUUAUGCUAUUUUUGUCCAAACCCUGUUUUAAUGGGAAAUAACACAAAAUAUGCCAUAUUUUCCCCUAUAAGAUUUUCAAAGUGGAAUAUUUGAUGUGAACUAAUUGUGAAAUCCCACUAAGAUUGUCAGGGAGCCAAAAGGGUCCAACUCAUAAAAGUGUUUAAAAAAAAGUCAUUUAUGUUUUUUCUUUUUUUUUUACUUUCAAGUUUACUUCUAAGAUACUUGAUCAACUUCAGACCUAUCCAUCAAUUAUAAUUUAUAAUUGUUUCCUUUUUUUUUUGGUUUUUCUUUUUUUUUUUUUUUCCACAACAAAUGCAAUAUUUUCCCCCCAAAAGUGGAAUAUUUGUUGUGUAAUAAUUGGAGCAGUAAAUAAACCAAUAAAUCAUAACAACAUGGAUUUUAAUGCAUUAUUAUUUUGAGCAAAGACAGUUAGAAAAAAAUCAAACUAAGAUUGUCAGUUAGCCAAAAGAGCCCCAUUCAUAAAAGUGUUAAAAAUAAGUAAUUAAGUCUCUUGAUCAAUUUCUGAUCUAUUCGUCCUUUAUAAGUUAUUAUUUGUUCAUAACAACAUGGAUUUUAAUGCAUUAUUAACAGUUAUUAUUACAGUUUUAACAAACAAACCCCACUAAGAUUGUCAAGGAGUCAAAAGGUCCUACUAAUAAAAGUGUUAAAAAUAAGAAAUUUGUGUUGUUUUUUUUACUUUCAAAACUUUAGUCUCGUGAUUAACGUUCAAUUUAUCCGUCAAUUAUAAGUGGGUUUUUGUCAUAUUUUUGUUUUAUGCCUUUUUUGUCAAAGAAAACAUUGUUUUUAUUUGGCACAAAAAAUGCAAUAUUUUCCCCCCAGAAGUGAAAUAUUUGAUGUGUAAUAAUUGGAGCCGUGAAUAGACCAAUAAUUCAUAACAACAUGGAUUUAAUGCAUUAUUAUUUUAAGCAAUGGCAGUUUAAAAUAAAUCCUAUAAAAUUCUCUGGGAACCAAAAGAGCCCCACUCAUACAAGUGUUAAAAAGAAGUCAUUUAGUCUCUCGAUCAACUUCUGAUCCAUCCGUCGUUUAUAAGUUAUUAUUUCUUCAUGUUUUUUUUUUCAUUGUUAUUAGUUUGGCACAAAAAAUGCAAUAUUUUCCCCCCAAAAGUGGAAUAUUUGAUGUCAAUUAACUGGAGACGUAAAUAAACCAAUAAUUCAUAACAACAUUGAUUUUAAUGCUUUAUUAACUGUUAUUAUUACAGUUUUAACAAACAAACCCCACUAAGAUUGUCAAGGAGCCAAAAGGUGCCAUUUAUAAAAGUGUUGAAAAUAAGUCAUUUGUUAAUUUUAACUUUCAAGGCUUUAGUCUCUCAAUUCACAUUAGAUGUAUUUGUCGAUUAUAAGUUAUUAUUUUUUCAUAUUUUUGUUUUAUGCUUUUCUUGUCAAAGAAAACAUUGGUUUUAUUUGGCGCAAAAUUUCUAUAUUUUUCCCCCCAUAAAGUGGAAUAUUUGAUGUGAAUUAAUUGGAGCCGUAAAUAACCAAUAAUUCAUAACAACUUGUUUUAUAAUGCAUUAUUUUUUUUUUUAGCAAUCCCACAAAGAUUGUCAAGGACACAAAAGGUCCCACUCAUAAAAGUGUUCAAAAUAAGUCAUAUUUUAUGUUUUGUUUUUUUCUUUGAAAGGCUUUAGAUUAGAUUAGAUAUAUUAGAUAGUACUUCAUUUAUUCCGUCAGGAGAGUUCCUUCAGGAAAAUUGAAAUUUUCAGCACAAUCUCUAGUCUCUCGAUCAACUUCAGAUCCGUCAAUUACAGUAUAGAUGAUUAUGUUUUCAUAUUUUUGUUUUAUGCCUUUUUUGUUAAAGAAAACAUUGUUGUGUAUGGUACAAAAUAUGCAAUAUUUGCCCCAAAAGUGGAACAUUUUAUGUGAAUUAAUUGGACCGUUACUUGUCCAAUAAUUCAUAACAAAAUGGAUUUUUAUGCACUAUUAAAAGUUAUUAUUACAGUUUUAACAAAAAAAAAACACAUAUAUAUGUGUAUAUAUACACACACAUAUAUAUAUGUAUAUAUAUAUACAUAUAUAUAUAUACAUACAUAUAUAUAUAUACAUAUAUAUAAAUAUAUAUAUACAUACAUAAAUAAAUAUAUAUAUACAUACAUA